CACGCCCCCUACACGUGUACGCGCACACGCGCCCUCCCCCUCCUGUCUCCUCUGUAAUCCUCCGUCCUUUGCGGGCAUCAUGGCGGAAAUUAAAACGGGAAUCUUUGCGAAGAACGUGCAGAAACGGCUCAAUCGCGCUCAGGAGAAGGUUCUGCAAAAACUGGGGAAAGCAGACGAGACCAAAGAUGAGCAGUUUGAACAAGUGGUUAUUAACUUCAAGAGACAAGAGUCUGAAGGUGCUCGGCUGCAGAGGGAGAUGAAGGCCUACAUGGCUGCCAUCAAAGGGAUGCAGCAGGCAUCCAUCAACCUGACGCAGUCUCUGCAUGAAGUCUAUGAACCGGACUGGCAUGGCAAAGAUGACAUUGUGACCAUUGGGAAGGACUGUGAUGCAUUAUGGGAAGACUUCCAUAACAAACUGGUGGACUCAACUCUGCUGAACCUGGAUGGAUACCUGCAACAGUUCCCGGAUCUAAAGAUGCGUGUGGCCAAAAGAAGUCGGAAACUCAUUGACUACGACAGCGCACGUCAUCAACUGGAAUCUUUGCAAGUGACUGGGAUGAAGAAUGACAGGAAGGUUAUGAAGGCAGAAGAUGAGCUUAAAAAGGCCCAGAAAGUGUUUGAUGAGUUGAAUAUCGGCCUGCAAGACGAGCUGCCGACUCUUUGGGAUCGCCGAGUAGGUUUCUACAUCAGCACCUUUAAGAUUGUGACAAGUCUGGAGGCAAAGUUUCACAGAGAGAUUUCACUGGUGUGCCGGGAGCUUUAUGAAGUCAUGACCAAAUUAAGAGAACAGCACUCAGACAAAAUCUUCACCAUCCAAGGAGCUCCCAGUGAUUCUGGACCACUGCGCCUUGCUAGGACCCCAUCACCACCGGAUGAUGAGACUCCACCAGAGAGUCCGGAUGCCAGCUCCAAUCACAUGCUCCGCCCAAUUUCACCUGGACCUCCUCGGCCAAAGUCUCCAGUUCAGGUAAUGCCAGUCCAGGUUCAGCACAGCUGGAUCUGAACUGACACAUCUGGC